AAUUGAUUUAUUACAUGUAUCAUUUUGUUACCUUUUUACUCGCUGAGAAUUUAUUAACGUUCAGUGGACGGUUCUAUUUUAACGAAUUUGUUGACCUCAAAACAGACAUCUUUUGUUUUACAUGCGAGAACAGGUGAUACUUCAUAGACGCUAUAUUUUAUGUGUUUUACUAUAAUUACAAGUAGGUUUUAUACCUUGUAAAGGUUUCUUCAGUACAUAGUUGUCAGUUGUUCUAGUUCUCCAACAUGUGUGUGACUAUGACGACCAUGAAGCGUUAGCAAUAUGGGCACGCUCUUUGUUUUUGACAGGGGACUACGAUCUGGCCUUCCAAAAGAAUGAAUUAGCCUUGAAAUACUGUCAGGAUGGAGGAUACAGAGACAGACUGCAAACAUUUAAAUCAAAAAUACAAGAGAAGUUGGCUUCAGCAUCACCUCCGCAAAGAGAACCGGAUGAAGAAUGGCUCGAAGGCACAAAUGUAAACAAAGCGAUUGCAACAGACAAAAGUCACCAUUCCGACGCAGACAGACGAAAGAAAAAGAGACACAAAAGACCUAAAGCAAUCGAUCGGUCUGGACAAAGUACACCUUUUUCAAGAGCACAGUCUUUAGACGGAAUUACAGUGUUGCGAUCUUCAUCAAGAACGCCCUUUAGAGUAACUCAAAAUGCAAGUGGUACUAUUAAAACUAUUAAUUCAGGUGUAGAACGGCUUAAACUCGAAGGAAGUGGUAAAAACAGGUCACGAAACGUUAGCUCAUGCAGUACAACCACCACUGCAACAGAUGCUUCAGGCUUUGGAACCGAGACGUCAUACGACUAUAGUGUAUCAGAUAGCGAUUCGAAUGACGACAGCAGUAUCAAUUAUGCAGCCUCUUCAAGGACUGAAAGUCCAGAUCUGAAUUUUAUGUCAGAUCAAGAUAUUGAAAUAGAUAGUAUUCACGAAAAAAUGUCGUUUUAUGAACAAAGUUGUAGGUUUUAUCAGCAAAAUGAUGAAGUAUCAAAAAACCUUGGAAGGGCAGAAACUGAGGAGAAUUUUUGAAGACCGGUAUAACACUGAAUAUGUCAUUUUUGCAUCAAUUUGAAAACACACACCCUGAUAUACUGAACAAAGAGGAUUUCUACACAAAAUUUUUUGAUAAAUUCAAGCUUCAAGAGUUGUUGUUAAAAAAUCCCAAGAAGUACAUCAAAUGUGUCAUACAGAUACAAGGCUGUCAUGACGCAUACUGUACGCCAGUUGAUGCACACGAUUCAAUCAGCAUCAUUGAAAUAUCAGGUCGAUCAAAAAUAGGACAGGCCUUUAACGAAGACGAAGUUAUCGUGGAGAUACUUGAUGAUCAUGAUGCAAAGGACAAAAGGUUUGGAAAAGUUGUCGGUGUGUGGAAUAGACAGCGCCACAGAGAUACAAAACAUCCUGUGUUUAUUUGUACCCUUGACGAUAUGGUAAGUCAUCUUGUACGACCAAUGUGUAAAACAAUUCCAAAGAUCCAUAUAUUGAACAGAGAAAUAAAACAGAAGUAUAAAACUGAAAAGGCAGGAAGAUACAAGGUCGAAAUAUAUGAGUAUGAUGAAAGAGCGGGGAUAUUGUGUAAUUCAAGGAUAGUUCAAGUGAAUCCAGCUGAAAAUGGCUCUACAAUAUUUUUGGUAGCGUUCAUAAAAUGGAGUCCUCGACAUAUCUACCCAAGAGGUGCAAUAAUCAAACAUUUGCCAAGCGGAAGCAGCAUUGCUACAGGUCUUAUGGUUCUUAAUCCACCGGGCUCUACAGUUCUGGAUGUCGCGCUUAGUGUUGAGAAAAUUGAUGGCGGGUAUAAGGUAGGCGUUCAUAUUGCAGAUGUUGCUAUGUACGUACCAAAGGACUCACCGCUGGACGAAGAGGCAAAAAGCAGAGCCACAACGUUUAAUCCCGGUGUACGAAAGUCAAGGAACAUGAUCCCUGAACCAAUUAGUUCCAAUCUUUGUAGUCUUCUGCAAGAUAAAUUAAGACUUACUAUAUCUGCUUUCCUCUACAUCGGGAGCAACGGAAAGCUUCUACAAAUGGAGGGUAACAAUUUCGAAAUUGUAAAAUCUUAUAUCAGAUCGAAAAGGCAACUGACGUAUGGAGAAUCGCAGUCAAUGAUUUGUGCACAACCUGUCGGCAUAGAGGACAAAUUGACAAGUGAUAUCAAAAGCCUGUCUGAAAUAGCGCAAGCUAUCCGAAAGAAUAGGUUAGGAAUUGUCAUGGAUGCCUUUGAUGUAGACUGGGAAGAAACUGAAAUUGAUCAGUCAGAAGGAGACACAAGAGAAGCUCAUUACUUAAUCAAGGAGUUCAUGAUUGGGACGAAUAAAAAGGUAGCCGAGAAAUUACUUCGGACAUACAGUACUACUGUCCCUCUUCGCUGUCAACCACCGCCGUCAAAAGAAAAUUUAGAGGCAUUUGUCAAAAGGAAUGAUCAUUACCUUGAUGUUCUUGUUAGAUUCCAAGACAAACAAGUUGGACCAAAACGCCCAAGCGUUUACGACUGCCUUAAUGAGAAAACAACAAAAACGGUAAUGCUUUCAAAGUCUGUUUGGGACGCAAUGUUGAAAUCACCGAAAGCUGCAGCUCCUACUUUUAUCAUGAAGGAUGACAAGCAUCCACUUCAGCUGGUAGUUUACAAGCACUGGUUAUCUAUCCAGAAACGCGCAGGAUACAGAUGUUCCGGUAGUCUUACAGGAAGAGAAGACAGCACACACUUCAGUCUUAACAUGUUUCCUUAUACACAUUUUACUUCUCCCAUAAGAAGAUACAAUGAUCUGAUCAUUCACCGUCUUAUACAUGCGGCAGUAUUUGAAAAAAUUAGAUCUCCUUACGAAAAAGAAGAAAUCGACAACAUUUGUUUGCAUAUCAACUCUGUUUCCAAGCGAGCAAAAGCAUACGAGAAAGGAUGCAGAUCACUACAGCAAGCAAUGGACUUCAAGACCAAUCCAAAGAUGGUUAAUUGUUUCGUCGAUGAAGUAAAUGACAAGGGCAUAACUUUGUGCUCUCCAAUGUUGAAGUAUGUAGCCAAGAGUAACCGGGAACUGACUUUCAACCGUUUAGAUAUGGGGGUCAAACCCGAGUUGUUUGAAGAUCCAAACACUCACUGGAACAAAGUUAAAGCAGUAUGGAGGAAGAGGCUAUACGAUUUCCACGUGCGUCAAAAUUAUCUCCCUGAUAGAGGAAACGAAUUGAGGUUAAAUCCUCAUAAAGGUAUCGUCUUUCUACCCCUGUAUGAAUGGGCGAAAAUAUUAAAAUGUACGAUGGAAGGUCAUGUUGAAGAUCUGUCUCGAGCCAUCAAAAAGGCAAAUAUCUCGCAUCACGGAGAAGGAUUAGACGAUGUUUCGACAGAAAGCCUUGAUCCGUUACAGAUUCAGCCUAACACACGUUUUUCAAUGACAUUUUCCCGCGGUCAGCAAGUGAGGAUUCUGAUGUCUGCCUCACCACAUAAAGGCAUCAUUGCCCCUAAACCAAUGCUGUAUAACAUGACAAACAACGUGACUCUACAGCAUACUGAGGAUCCAGUGUUAUAUCUGUAUAGGUAUGUGACUCGCGCAACGUGUGAUCAGUAUAAGACUGUCAAACUGUAUUUGGAAAGAUGGCUUCCUUUGAUGCUAAUGGAAUCAGCAACUGGGAUUGUGAAAAACGAAGAAUCAUGCACAAUUAACAACGUACAGGUCAAGUUCUCCGGGGAAAGAAAGGGCAAGUUUGCUCUUGGGUUAGCUGAAUGUGAGGUCAGAAAUAUAGAGUUGUCAGGUACAGUUUCAGACGACGAGGAUGACGAUGAGGAGGGCUAUGGCAGGGCAUCGUCAUAUGACUGGUUAUGUCUUAAAGCAACAGUAUCAUCAGAUAAAAAAGCAGUCAAAAGUAAAUCGCAAGAUUUGCCGACAUUAGAUUCUGUUUGGGUUGGUCAUGCAGAAGUGACGAAAGUCAAGAGGAAAAAGGAAGAGAAAUCUUCCGGAAAACUUACAGUGUCAUUUUCUUUGCACGAUAGAGCACCUGAGCUCCCACUUUCCUUUUAUCAGACGUCAGCAGAUCAACGCUUCAGUGUUGAGAUUCUGAGGAAGUCAGAGGUAGACAGGAGAACCGAAACCUAUAUCAAAAUGCUGCCAUCAGUGCAAGAUACAUUAGCCACAAAGAUUGCUCUGAACAAAGCUAUUCCUGAUCUAGACAGGGAUCAUAAACACAUUGCCAGUCUUAUCGAACGCGACUUGUAUUAUGACGCCAGCAGUGACGAUCCCAGACGAAAACCUCUGCCACCGAAUAACAUAAAGCAACAAGAAGCUAUCGAUAAAGCCCUGAUGUCACGGUUUUCCCUCAUAAAAGGACCACCUGGAACUGGUAAAACAUACACUGGAAUAAAGCUUGUGUCUCUUUUCAACAAAGUCAACGGUAUUCAACAUAAAGAAGGGAAGCAAAAGAAACAAGUUUUGUUCUGCGGACCGUCAAACAGUUCGGUUGAUUUGGUUGCAGAAUGGAUGUACUACCGUAUGGGUAAUUACUGCCCCGAUUUCGUCCGUGUAUAUGGAAGGUCCAUUGAAGCACUGGACUUUCCCAUUCCUGGGAGGACAUUUCUUUCCAAGAGAAGUACCAGAAACCAGAAAACGUCACCAGUGUUAUAUCCAGUAGCCCUUCAUCAUCUUAUUCGACAAAAAGGAAAGAAAUAUGCAGAAGAAAUAAAUGCAUACGAUAAACUGUUCAAGGCCAACAACUAUGAACCAAUGCCAGAAAAGGUGGCGGCAUACGUCCGCAUUGUCAGAGAGGCUUCUAUUGAUGAAAUUAGAAAACAUGACGUGAUACUGUGCACAACAGCCGUUGGUUCAAACCCAAAAGUGCUAAAAGCAACUAGUGUUCAUCAGGUAAUCGUUGACGAAGCAGGCAUGUGUCCAGAGCCACAAUGUCUAGUGCCAAUCAUUGCUACCAAGGCUGAGCAAGUUGUGCUUAUUGGGGACCACAAGCAAUUGAGACCAAUCAUCAUGUGUAAAGAAGCUGGGUUACUAGGAUUGGAAACCUCACUUUUUGAACAUUAUGCCGUUACAAACACAAAGCAUAUUAACAAUGUGAAGUUCACUAUGCUGGAGGAACAGUAUCGAAUGAAUCCCCAAAUCUGUCGUUUUCCAUCGGAGAAUUUUUACGACAACGCCCUAAUUACAAUGCCGGGGCUUUGGAAAACUAGCCGCAUGGAUAUCUGGCCGAAACACAUGAAGACUUCCUAUCCGCAUAUAUUUGUUCACGUUGAAGGAGAAGAAAAGGUUUUGACAGUAUCAACGGAAGAUGGCAAUGAACAAUCGAAAAGUAAUGCGCUUGAAAUUGAUGAAGUUAUCAAAGUAUAUUCCUACUUCACAAGAGAGCAAACGAGCCAAUCUGUCCAGAUACUCUCACAAUAUAACGCACAGGUAUCUGAGAUCAAAAGACGGUUAAAAGAUGAGGGAUAUGUCGAGGAAAACGUCAGCACUGUAGUGUCGAGUCAAGGCGGAGAAUGGGACUAUGUGAUAUUUAGCACAGUGCGAUCUCUCCCAGACUACAAAAUAGAGUCGAAUCCUACUCUGGGUUGGUGCAAACAUAAUCUUGGCUUCAUCACAGAUCAAAAUCAAAUAAAUGUUGCGCUAACUAGGGCACGGAAGGGUUUGAUUAUCAUAGGCAAUAAGAACUUGUUGUCAUGUGACCAGUUCGUUUGGAGGAAACUGAUACAGCAUUAUGAUAAUAGAGAGUGUGUAAAAACACCGGACGAAUUCCCACCACGGACUGUCAGACCUAGGCUCCAGAGAAUGAGAGAAAACAUUAAGGAAAGCGAAAGACGAUACGGAGAGUCUAUGUUCAUUAAAGGGGAAGCAACCUCUUACACAGGAUCGUUUGACGACUGGCAAGAGGAAGGGAGAGGAAGAAGACAUCGCAGAAAUCCGAAACAUCCGUAAAAGAACCACUGAUUUAUUCAUUACAGUUGGAACAUAUCAAUGUAUAUUUGUAUGUUAACAUAUAACUGGAGCAUUGUUAAAUUAUUUCUUUUUGAUAUUUAAAAAAUGUUUUUCUUUUAUAUCUUUAGAAAAAUAUUUAAAAAAAUCUGAUAUCAAAGUUUGUAUAUUUUGUUUAACAUAUGUCAUGUACUGAAUAUUUGUGUUAAACACAGUUUAUUUAUUGAUCUCUAUUGUUAUUUCUAGUUAUCCUACAUUGUAAAUAUCUGAUUAACAUAUACAUGAAACGCUGACAUAUAAUGCCAGUAUGAAUAGUAGCUUUCGUAUGUAACUGAGUCUUUUAAUUUUUUGUAUAAGAAUUGAUAUUUAAUUGCUUUUCAUUAGCAAAAAUAGUACCAGUACCAGUAAAGAAGAGUAAAUGCAUAAGGUCUAUUUUGUUGAUUAUAGUUCUCUGCUUGCACUAUUGUCUAGUCAUUAAAUUUGCAAAUGUAACAUAGAAUGGGCUAUGUGAAGUACUGAACGAAAGGGAUGUGACUGAUUCAGUCUUUGGUAAAUUUUAUUAUUGUUGAUGUUAUAUUCCAUUUUAUAGUUUAGUCUUCUGUAUAGUGUGUUCUUUACAGUGCCACAUAUCAUUUCAAUUUCUUUUCUUAAUGGUUGUUGGUGAUUUGCAACUGUUUUUGUAUAACUUGAAUGUACAUAGCUUUAACAUUGCGAACAUGUCUUCGCUAUGUCAAUAGAAGUAUUAGUUUUCUAUUAGUAUAAUACAUAUUUUAUUUAGAUAGAAUAUAUUUUUAUAAGCUAAUAUUAUCCUUAAAAACUUUCAUGUUUGUAUCAAACGAAUGUUGCUAUAUCAGUAUGUGCAAUUUAGCAAGUGUAUGUUUUCUAACCGUCAUUUUGCUGCCAUGUUUUCUCGAACCAUUGUUUUAAUUGAGCUAAGUAAGACUUUCAUAAACACAAGAAUGUAUAAGGAAGUUACUGAUUAUUAUGUACACAACAUAACGUAUGAGAACUAUGUUCUGCUAAGGUGUCUAAAUAUAUUGAUUUACAAUGGUUGUAAAUGACUAAUACAGUUGUGUGCCUGUUACUACAUUUGAAUUUAUAAUGAUGUAUUUUUGCCAAUGUCUCAGUGUGCUCUUUUUACGUUAUAAGUGAUUUAUGUUGCUUUUGUUCCUUAACAUGCUUGCCUAAAAUAAUCCCUACUUCUGUGAUACAUGUGACUUCUGAGAUUUAUUGUCUUUUUUAUUUUUUCAAUGGAAAAGAAAUCUUAACGCUUGUGUCUUUCAAACAUUUUAUACUUAUUUCUAAUUUUGAGUCACUUUUUGAUAAGUAUAUUUUGUAUAACUGUUUAUUAGUAAUGAUGUUUCGUAGACUGGAGCUAAUAAAAUUACUACCGAUUUGA